AUGGUGGUCGCGAACUUGAAAAAGGAGGUUUUGCGGACGCUCAAGAUUGUGCAGGUCUGUAUUCUGCGCAUCGUCACCUUCGAGCUGCUCAGGGAGCAGGCAGCAAAGGCCCUUCGGAAGGGCAAGGGCAAGAAGGCGGAGGUUCCGCAGGAAGGGGUCACCUACUUGGCGAGCGAUAUCACGUCGCUGGCAAAGGUGAUCCAGCACUUUCGUUUUGAUCAAACUUUUACAAAGGGAGUGCAUGAGCUCAUCGUUUCCUUCCGCAAGCAAAAGGCAGAGAAGCCCAAGCCGGCCAAAGGCGCUGCGCCGCCCCGAAAGCGGCCCGCGGACUCCGGGCCGGAGCCGGCGGAGCCGCCGCCGGGAGCCGGAGGAGAGGAGACUCAGGCAGCUGAGAACGGGGACGCAGAUCAGGCUUCACCGAAGGAGGAUUUGCAGGCCGCCGAGGGCACGGACGCCGAUGCCGGGGAGGGGCAGCCUUCCAAGAAGAAGCCGCGGAUUGUGUCGUAG